UGGGAGGAGAUUCGGGCGCCGCCCCUUCACCGUAACCUCGACCGGAGGUAUAAAGCCUGAGGUAACUUAACCUGCGGUCAAUUAUCACAAAGGUUCACCAUGUUCAAGACUGUCCUCCUGUUGCUCGCGGUGGCGGCCAUGGCGAUGGGGCGAUCUGCUGACCCCUUCCACCCUCCGUACCCUGAGGCUCCCGCGGUGUACGAAUAUCAGUACGGGGUGAAGGAUGACCAAAGCGGCAACAACUUCGGCCACGAGGAAGCCCGCAACGGCUACAACACCGAAGGACAGUACUUCGUCCUCCUCCCCGACGGCCGCCUGCAGACCGUCCAGUACAGCGUGAACGGAGACGAAGGCUUCGUGGCCAACGUAGGGUACUCUAAUCGGCGUUAGCAGGAAUCCAUUAGGAAUGCGCUGUUGUUGUCGAAAUCUAUAAGUCGAGUAAUGGAUAACUAUCGAAUUCAUUUUAAGGAAAUUAAAACCUAUUCAUAAAGAUUUUGAAAUGUACGUUAAUAGAUCAUCAACAUACAUCAGUC